AUGGGCUUACAUUUCAAGUGGCCAUUAGGGGCUCGUAUGCUGGCAGCACUAUAUGCAAUGAGUAUGGUUUUAAAAAUGCUGCCUGCCUUGGGCAUGGCUUGUCCACCAAAAUGUCGCUGUGAGAAGCUGCUCUUUUACUGUGACUCUCAGGGGUUUCACUCAGUGCCAAACACCACUGAAAAGGGCUCGCUAGGUUUGUCACUGAGGCACAAUUAUAUUUCUGAACUUGAAAGGGAUCAAUUUGCAAGCUUCAGUCAACUUACUUGGCUUCACUUAGAUCAUAAUCAAAUUGCAACAGUCAGAGAAGAUUCUUUUCAAGGACUGUAUAAACUUAAGGAAUUAGUCUUAAGUUCCAACAAAAUCUUUCAUUUGCCAAACACAACUUUUAGCCAGCUGCUUAACCUGCAGAAUUUGGACCUCUCUUUUAAUCAGUUAUCCUCUCUGCACCCCGAGCUCUUCUACGGCCUUCGCAAGCUACAGACCUUGCACUUGCGAUCCAACUCCCUGCGGACCAUCCCGGUCCGCCUGUUCUGGGACUGUCGUAGCCUGGAAUUCCUGGAUUUGAGCACAAACCGCUUGCGAAGUUUGGCUCGCAAUGGAUUUGCGGGAUUAAUCAAGCUGAGGGAGCUUCACCUAGAGCACAACCAGCUGACAAAGAUUAAUUUUGCUCACUUCCUCCGGCUGAGCAGCCUGCACACGCUCUUCUUGCAGUGGAACAAAAUUAGCAACUUGACAUGUGGGAUGGAGUGGACCUGGGGCACCUUAGCAAAGCUUGAUUUGACUGGAAACGAAAUCAAAGCCAUCGACCUCACCGUCUUUGAAACUAUGCCUAACCUUAAAACCCUCCUCAUGGAUAACAACAAGCUCACCACUCUGGAUUCCAAGAUCCUGAGCUCGCUGACAUCCCUCACCACCGUGGGCCUCUCCGGCAAUCUGUGGGAAUGCAGCCCAAAAAUCUGCUCCUUGGCCACAUGGUUGAGUGGCUUCCAAGGUCGGUGGGAGCACUCCAUCCUCUGCCACAGCCCCGACCACACCCAGGGAGAGGAUAUUCUGGAUGCAGUGUAUGGUUUUCAGCUUUGCUGGAAUUUAUCGACUGUGGUUACCCCCGUGGCUACGACAUCGUACACAGCUCCAACUACCGAGUACACGAAAAGAAUAAGCUCUUCUCAUUUCCAUGUGGGAGACAAAGAGAUUCCAACUACAGCAGGCAUGGUUGUUACCACCGAAGAACAGUUCCCUGAGCCAAACAAUGCCAUCUUCACUCAGAGGGUAAUUACAGGAACAAUGGCUUUAUUGUUUUCUUUCUUUUUUAUCAUUUUUAUAGUGUUCAUCUCCAGGAAGUGCUGCCCUCCCACACUAAGAAGAAUUAGGCAGUGCUCAAUGAUUCAAAACCACAGGCAGCUCCGAUCCCAAACGCGGCUGCAUAUGGCCAAUAUGUCAGACCAAGGACCCUAUAACGAGUACGAACCCACCCACGAAGGACCCUUCAUCAUCAUCAAUGGCUACGGACAGUGCAAGUGCCAGCAGCUGCCCUAUAAAGAAUGUGAAGUAUAA